CCAGCAGCACCAAAAGUUAUGCUGGCGAACAAAAAGCCGCAAAAUGCAAAGUCAUGCUGGCGCAGCAGCUACGCCAGAAAGCAGGAGAGCCGGGAAGGAGGCGCCAACCGACAAGUUCUUCGGCUUCGUGCUCUCGCGAGAGUUGAGAAGGUAUAAAACAGAAGGGGCACUGCCUGCAGGGCUGGAUCUUUUUUUUGUUUCGAGCCGGGAGCGGCAAGAGGAUAUUUGAGGAAGCGGGUAAUUUCGCAUUAGGUAAAACAUACCUCUCUCUCCGCCGUCCAAAAUGAGAAUCUGGGCCAGGGCAGGGCUGGCCUGCAGUUCGUACAGGUUUUGUUCGUUUGCUGUAAUAGAAUGUGCUUCCUAAUAGUAUUUGAGAUCUGCUGUUUUGUGUGUCAAAUUAAUUGUAGACGGUUUCCUGAUGGAGAUCUGUGUGUGUAACUUAGCUGGGCUUUGCUCCCCGGCGCCUGGUAGCCCAACAGGUGGAGGGGAGAGCGGAGCUGAGUUCAGUUUCCUGCCUUGGUCAAGCUUCGGGUCGUUUUUCGUCGCCUCGGUUUCCUGGCGCAACAAAAGAUCCCGGUUUAAAGAGGCUGGGAAGUGCAGCCUGCAGGGUGGGGAAAAGCUCUGGGUGCGAUCGACGCCCGAGCUAUUAAGUGAAAUGGUGCUAUUAAGUCAAUGAACUUCAAAGGACGUCGCGGUUCUGGCCGCGCCUGCUGCUGUCGGGCUGGCCGCCGGCUCCUUCCGCUGCUCGUUUCAAUGGGCUGAUGGUGGGUUUGGUUGGGCGUGAAGCUGCAUUUAUCUUGGUAGGGAGAGAAGUUGGGAUGCUUGGACGCAAAAUAGGGCAUUUGGGAGUUGGAAGGCUGCUGCCUCCGCGGGUUAGGGGCCGUUGUCUUGUGUUCCACGAGAGAUGGCAGUUUUUAAAUAUAAUUGUAGAGUAAGGUCGAGGUUGUAGCCCUGGGCUCAGGUACCUGAAAAGGUGCUACUGAGCUCCAUGGAAUUUAGCGAAUGAACAUGACGCACCGUGUGCAAGAGAGUUGAAAUGGGCGAAGGCUAGCUAGUUAUGAACGAGUUUCCUCUUAUCGGUUUCAUUUCCAUACCAUUGCGUAAUGGAAAACUAAACCGUUUAAAGUUAACUGCACUGAUUUGAGUAGUGUUACUAUUAUUUUUGGCAUAUUGGGGUUGAGAUGAUCAUCUGGAACUCUGAUUUGUGCACCGUUGCCUGUUUUGGGAUGUACUGAGUUUAUACUUGGAAUACUUCUUGUGCAUUACGCAGCUAAUCUCAAGGCUUACUUUUAAAAUAACGCAGCUGUUAUUUUCUUGUGCUAGAGCCAAGUUGUAUGGGGAACAGUGUUAGAAACUGAGAUAUGAAAGCUCAGAGCUAAGUGGCGCCUUAAACCUGGGUUAUGGGUGCAACAACGGAAUGUUUAGGCGCACUUUUUUAUAACAAGAAUACAAAGCUGAAAAUGAAUGAACUGCAGCUAAAAUAUUAUGUUCAUUUUUCACAUGGUCUAGUUCUUCCCCUAAUAUUCUUAAGAGGGUCUCUUCUCCAGUUUUCAGAGAGUAGCUAGAAGUGAAGAGGCAGAAAAAGGUCCUCCUUUCCUGCCACUCUGCAUUUUUAUUCUGAAAUCUUAGAUGCAGUACUGCACCCAGAGCUCAGAAACUGCUUACCCUAAUGAAAUUCCCUGUCGCAAAAUGCGCCUAGAACAAUAGGAGUUUCGAACACUGAUGGGGAGCUACUAAAGCCACUGAAAUGUAUUGUGGUUUAAAAUUCCUUUUUAAUUUUUUGGCCCAAGGGCUGUACACACUUUCACAUACAUGUGCAUGCACACACAGAGUCAGACAACCCUCCCUAUGCAGCUGAUCCAGGCAGAUCACCUGAAGGGGAAUUAUUGCUCCUCAUGUGGUUAUCAGAUUGCUCCUUUGGGAACUGUUUGCAGCCAUCCUUAUUAAAUAUGCUUAGAAUGCAUAUUUCACAUUACCUUUAAUUUUAUAUUUUUAAGUUUUGCAUUUUAUUAUAUACUUAUUGUAUACCGCCUUGAUACUUUAGCAGAUGGUGGCAUAUAAAUACUUUUAUAAUUUUAGUCUAGAGGGUACAGUUUUCCACUCCCCAACCCAGUUCUGCAUCUAAUAUUUUUUUCAUUUUGCCCCUGCUGCCCCAUGGGUGAUGGUGGGAAGGGGGAAAAAUGUUUGUGGGAGGGUUUGUGGGAGCCACUCUUGUUCUACAGAAUGCUGUUAAGUUUCAUGUUCCUAUUGUUAGUAUAGAUUAUCCCUUAAAGUGUCUCUUGUUGGACAGUGGAACAGACUUCCUUGGGAGGUUUGGACUCUCCUUCCUUGGAGGUUUUUAAGUGGAGGUUGGAUGCCCAUCUGUCAUGGAUGCUUUAGCUGAGAUUCCUGCACUGCAUGGGGUUGGACUAGAUGACCCUUGAGGGUCUCUUGCAACUCUGCAGUUCUGUGAAUCUAUGAAAAAACAAAAUUGAUACAUUUACAUUUGACUGAGCGCUUCCCUCAGUAUCUUUCCAGUUUGCUUAAAGAUGGCAGGUUGCACACAUCUAAUCUUUUUCUGCUCUGUUGAGACAAUUAAUGUUGGCAUUUAAAGGUGAUUGGUAUGUAUUCUUGAGUCAUAUUAUAUCUUAAAAACUAUGCUAAUGCAUAGUUGGCUACAAUCACAGUAGAAAAUUUGGUUGUGUUAAGGUUCAGAUAUUUAAAAUUAUGUGGCAACAUAAACUUAGCUGAAGUACAUACUUUAAAAUGAAUUUCAGGCUGCAUGCAUGAUGGCAUUUGGCCUUGCUCAUCAUUGUUUAUGCAAACCUUUGGCAGAGGGGCCCUAUGACUCCUAUUGCGACUUCAUACUCUGCAGUUCAACUUUGGCAGGUGGGGCCGCUUUCCUUUGCCCAUGUACGUACGGUAGUUUGAAAUCAAAGAGUAUGGGCGUAGCUUGCUUGCCUGAAAUAACCUCUUGGGCUGAAGGCUCCCCCGUGCUGCAGAGUAGAUACUGAAGGGUAAAAGUAGAGUUUACUUACUUGUACCCAUGGAGUUUAUAACUCAGCAGAUACUGCUUAAAUUAAAGCAUGUGGAACAUUUAACAUCUGUUUUGUGUGCUACAUCGAUUGUAUUUUAAAAAAGUAUUGAAUAUACAGAUAGUGAAGGUUCUUUUUCUUUUGGUCCAAAUACUGAGGUAAUGAAAUAGUUGUUCCUACAAUAUCUUGACAAACCUGCAGUAGUUCUGUUCAGUCCAGCACAUUCUAAAUUGUAUUUUAAAUGUAUGCUAAACUUUUGCUAAUGGGUUUCCUCUUCUGGGGUGGGUCAAUGUAAAAGCCACAGAACCUAACAAGUUCAAACUUUCUCCAGCUCCAGUCAGAAUGUCAGCAGGAGAUGCUCACAUUGGGAAGCCAGCCCCAGACUUUCUGGCCACGGCUGUAAUGCCAGAUGGGCAAUUCAAAGAACUCACACUCUCUCAGUACAAAGGUAAGUGCAAUAAAGCAUGUUGUAUUUGUAUUUGUUGGCAAGGGUUUACUGAGGUACUGAUAAGUAUGUGACAUGUAUAAAACCCUAACUUAACUGUCUGGACUAACAACAUAACCUUUUUUGAUUCUGAAAUGGAAGUUUUGUUGGCAUUCACAAAAAUGCAUUGGAUAGUAUUGCAAAUAAGUCCUCAGAAAGUUACUAACACAUCUGCAUGUAGGUACCCUAUUCUGUUCUAGUAUGUAUGUUGUCCUUGCAUGUGUCACUUCUGCUAGCUUGGAAGAAAAUAGUUACGACUUUUAUUUGCAGCACUUCUUUUGUUUAUUUGGAGAUCAAGGAGAGAAGAGAGCAUGGGUGUGAAACUUUCAGCCUACAGUCCAAACUAGGCUCACUAGGCUGUUUUUCUUAAACCACACCCACCUGCCCCAUAUGUGACCUCAGGUGUGGCAGAUGCCCAGGGAGUUCAAUCCUGCUUUGUGAUGUAUACAGUGGUACCUCUGGUUAUGUACUUAAUUCAUUCAGGAGGUCCAUUCUUAACCUGAAAAUGUUCUUAACCUGAAGCACCACUUUAGCUAAUGGGGCCUCCCGCUGCCUCCACAUUACCGCCGCCCAAUUUCUGUUCUUAUCCUGAAGCAAAGUUCUUAACCUGAGGUACUAUUUCUGGGUUAGCGGAGUCUGUAACCUGAAGCAUAUGUAACCUGAAGCGUAUGUAAACCGAGGUACCAUUGUAUAUCUCUCUCUUAGCCCUCCCUAGUGGUCCAACUCACCUGUCAAAUCAACUGGUGGCAGUAUGACAUCAGAUGACUGACAAGUAAGGUGAUCGUGUGCAAAGUUUGCUAUCCGUGGUGGCAGAAGAUAAACAACUGGCCUGCCAUGCCAAAAAAGGCUCCUCACCUCUGGGGUAGAAUGCCACAAAGCUGUUAAUAUUUGGAAUCAGAAAUUUGUGACUUUUGAAUUGGUUCCAGCUUUGCUGUGGUGGGAAUCUUCACGUAAGAGACUAAUCUGUUAACUUCUUCUCCAGGGAAAUAUGUUGUGUUCUUCUUCUAUCCACUUGACUUUACCUUUGUCUGCCCAACUGAGAUCAUUGCAUUCAGUGACAGAUCUGAGGAGUUUAGAAAAAUCAACUGCGAAGUGAUUGGUGCUUCUGUCGACUCUCACUUUUGCCAUCUUGCCUGGUAAGAAUAUUUGGACCUCAGCCUUUUUAUUCUCUGGGGGUCUCCUACGUUAAAAGUUAUAAGCCUGUUAAAUGGGUGAAAGAAGCAGCUACCAACAAGUGACUAUUGCCAGCUAUUUCUUUUUUCCGCUAACCCAGCCUCAUGUCCUGUGCAAGAGAGAGAAAACACCAUCCUGCUCACAAAUCAAUUUGUGCUAGAAAGGGGGUUGGUUAAGGGUUUUUUGCCCACCCUUCACAAUCCUGUUCUGAUCCGGUCCUGUAGCUUUUUAAGUGUAGUCAUCUUAAGUCCCUGAACUUGAGCAGCUUGAGCUGUAACCUUAGACCCAAUGAAGCUGCUUCUCUGGCCAUUAUGGUAAGAACCAUGUGGGUUUCCUUUAUUGGAUAUUGUAAGAGCAGUGUGGAACCGGACCACUAGGAAGCUGUUCCCACACCACUCCAGUAACAUGGAUUGGGACUUGAAAUAAUUCCAAACUAGUGCUUGAAACUAGACAGGAAGUUUUUGGUCACUGCCUCUUUUGCAAAGACCACUGAAUCUCCUGUACUUUAGAUAUUCUGCUGUAGUCGAAUGUGUUAAGUGUACAGAAGGACAAGUAUAUUGUUGAAAUACUAACCCUCAUUAUAAAAUGCCUUUCUUCUUCUUGUUAACAGGAUCAACACACCCAAAAAACAGGGUGGACUAGGCUGCAUGCGUAUUCCCUUAGUGUCUGACACAAACCGUGAAAUUUCUAAAAAGUAUGGAGUAUUAAAAGAAGAUGAAGGCAUUUCCUACAGGUAAGGUUACCACUGCAGCCUCUUAGUGACUUGUGACUUAGUGACUUGUGGUAUAUAGAGCACUGCAUGAUAAAGGUUCUAAAAGAUAAAACUUAAUCAGAGGGAGAAGCCCACAGAAAAUAAGUGAUGCAAGUUUUGAGUCAACAUGCACACUUUACUAGUCCUGUUAAUAAGGCUGCCCUUAAUUAUGAAUGUCCUUUUCACUGGGAAGAGGAAAGUGAAUGUGUGAAUAUGUGCAAUCUCCGUUUGGCAUCUUCCCAGAUCCGCUAUCAGCACCUGAGUUGAAAAACACCAAUUCAAAUUUAAACUCUGUUCUUCAGAAUAGUGCUAGUAUCUUGUAACAAAAGUUUGAACAUUCAAGUUAGAAGUCUCUUGAAGGGUGAAAGGUAAAGAGGCUGUACGUAGGAAGUUUUACCACAUUCCUUUAUGAAAUGUUCUAUAGAGGUUUUAGUGCUUGGAACUGCAAAUGAGUCUCCUAAUAAUAAUAAUAAUAAUAAUAAUAAUAAUAAUAAAAAAUAAUAAUAAAUUUUAUUUAUAUCCCGCCCUCCCCAGCUGAAGCCGGGCUCAGGGUGGCUAACAACAAUAAAACAGUACAAAAGUACAGCACAAACAACACUCUAAAAUCAUUCAUUAUAAAAUUAAUUAAUUCAAGCCACUGGCAACCAUUGGGCCAGAGCUCCGCGAAGAUUUCCGAGGGAGGGAGUCAGGCUGUGCCCUGGCCAAAGGCCUGGUGGAACAGCUCUGUCUUGCAGGCCCUGCGGAAAGAUGUCAAGUCCCGCAGGGCCCUGGUCUCUUGUGACAGAGUGUUCCACCAGAUCGGAGCCACGGCCGAAAAAGCCCUGGCUCUAGUUGAGGCCAGCCUAACUUCUCUGUGGCCUGGGACCUUCAAGAUGUUUUUAUUUGAAGACCGUAAGUUUCUCUGUGGGGCAUACCAGGAGAGGCGGUCCCGUAGGUAUGAGGGUCCUAGGCCGUAUAGGGCUUUAAAGGUUAAAACCAGCACCUUAAACCUGAUCCUGUACUCCACCGGGAGCCAGUGCAGCUGGUAUAGCACCGGGUGAAUGUGAUCUCGCAGCGAAGACCCUGUAAGGAGUCUCGCUGCAGCAUUCUGCACCCGCUGGAGUUUCUGGGUCAGUCUCAAGGGCAGCCCCACGUAGAGCGAGUUACAAUAAUCCAGUCUGGAGGUGACCGUUGCGUGGAUCACAGUGGCUAGGUCAGGGCGAGAGAGGUAAGGAGCCAACUGCUUAGCUUGGCGGAGAUGGAAAAAUGCCGCCUUUGUUGUAGCUGCAGUCUGCGCCUCCAUGGAAAGGGAGGUGUCGAAGAUUACACCCAAACUCUUAACGGACGGUGCUGGCACUAAUUGCGCCCCCGCAAGAGAUGGGAGUUGCCCCCCCCCCCAAUCCCAUAUCGUCCCGUCCCAGGGUUUUUUGCUUUUAAUUUAUAUAUAGGUGGAAGUUGUACCAGAUCAUUUUGAUGUUUUCAGAAGAACUAAAAUGGUACAGAAUUUGGUGUUGAAUGCUAGUUUGUAGUUUUUUAUAUUCUGCCACCAUACAUUUAAGUGUUUUGGUUUUUGUGUGUGUGUGUGCCUUCUCUCUUUAGGGGCCUCUUCAUCAUUGAUGAUAAGGGAAUCUUGCGCCAGAUCACAAUCAAUGAUCUCCCUGUUGGUCGCUCAGUUGAUGAAACACUCCGGCUAGUUCAGGCUUUUCAGUUCACAGACAAACAUGGAGAAGGUAAGACUGUCAAGUUCAGGCUAGGCAAGCAUGAACUGCAGUAAGUUUCUCAGUGGAAAAAGGAGGAUGCACUUAACAUGGUGUAUCCUCUUCCCUGCAAAGGGGAUACUAUGUUUAAAGAAACAUAAAUGUGAAAAUCUAGGACUAUGGUUCUCUAAAACAGUAUCUCAUUGAUAAAAAUCCAGUUCCUGAGUAGCAUCUUGUAUGGCUAAAAAAGUCCAGGAAUAGGUAAAUAGAAAUAGGCUUUUAAGAGUCUCUCUGGUUUCUAGCUAUAUCUACAGGACAAAUAAGAGAUAGUAUUGACAGCUGGUGGAGGGGCAGAACAUCUUUCCACCAAGAAACUAGAGUCAGAGGUAGACAGGAACUACUGUCCCUGUAAAGACAGUAUCCCAUAUACACAGUAGCAUUUUUCCACAGAAGUGAGUAGCUACCAUUCAUUCCCAUGGGAAGAAAUCUAAAAUGUUGCGUUUGGGGGCUGCUGUGUUAGAGAAAGCAUUGGCACCUCACAUUAUUUGCUUGUCUUCUCUGUGGGAUUCUUGUUGAGGCCAUUUCCUACAGAACAUACUGUAUUUUUCCGUCUAUAAGACACCCCCAUGUAUUUUUGCAGCAACAACCAAUCGCCAGUCCAACCUCGGCACUAUCCAUGUAUAAGAUGCCCCCUAAUUUUUAACAUUAUUUUUAAGGGGAAAAACCUAGAGUUAUACCCGGAAAAAUAUGGUAUAUUUUGUGCCCCCUCAAGGCACAACAUGCAUCCUUUUUUCCUUCCCUACUGCCAACAGAUAAAUGUCAGUUAUAACCCGUAUAUAUUACUAUUCUGCCACAUUGCCACCAUAUUGUGAUAUUCCCAGGCUCCCUUGCAAAGGUGUGUUUCCAGGUGGGCACUAAGGGCAUUCCUCCUUUUUCACUGAAUCAAGACUUUCUUUAAAAUACCUGCAUCAACCAUCUAUUUACUUACAGAAAGCAAUAGGGCUCCUCCUUUAUAUUCUUAGUCAGUGAGAUAUAUUUACGUUAGACUCUACCCUGACCAGAACAGUUAAAACAGAAGCAUGUAUUUACUUAAGGAACAUAACAUCCAGGACUGUGUACAGACUGUUCUAACUUUCAUAAUGUCUAUCCUUUUCUACAUAUGCCUCUCAUUGGCUCUCUGAUCUCAUUCCCAUUUCAUUCAGUCCCUCAAAGCGACUCUUUCAGCUGUUAUUUUUCAAUGGACACAUAAUACUAGUCUUUCACUCUCAACUCUGGCCCAUCUUCCAUCCAACCUCCCUGCUCUCAGUCAUUAUUUCAGUCUUCUGUUGCUGUCAGGCAUUUGGCUAGUAUUUUAGAUGCAUAAACACUGAAUCGCUUCGGUUUUUCCAAGAGGCAGCUGUCCUGUGCAACUCAGGCAGUGGCGUAGCGUGGGUUGUCAGCACCCGGGGCAAGGCAAGUAAUUUGCGCCCCCUAACCCUGAGUGAGCCAGGUAGGGGCAGAGAGCUGCGAGUGCGAGCGUGUGCCCCCCAGAUGUUGCGCCCGGUGCGGCCGGCCCCCCCCUGCACCCCCCACGCUACGCCACCGAACUCAGGUACACAACUGCAUCAAGAAGCCCAUCUGUAGGAGAGGUGGGGUGGUGACUGCUGCUAGUUCCAGAAGUUAGUCAAAUAGAUGACGGAGCUUGUAGUGAUCCAAGUCAUCUUGUGUGAAGUCUAGUGAUGGACAUGAUAACUUAGUUCUUUGUAUGCUGUUUUCGGUCUGUACUACUGGAGUAACUUAAAAGUUAAUAUUAUUAUCUCCUCAGUGUGUCCUGCUGGCUGGCAUCCUGGGAAAGACACUAUCAAGCCUGAUGUUCAGAAGAGUAGAGAGUACUUCUCCAAGCAGAACUAAAUGUGCUGUGUGAUUGUUUUUUGUACAAGGCAUCUAUUCUGUAACCUGUAUAAGUAAAAGCAGACCUGUACUUGUCAUUCUCCUUAUUUUUAAUAGUAAAAUUAUUGUGAGCUAACUGGUUUAUAGUUCAGAUGCCAUUUAUUCUGGAUCAAUCCAAUUUACAUUACUAGGACAGCUUUGGAGUAAAUGGAUUAUGAACUGAAACAUUGGUCAGUACUUAAUAGCUAUUGUUGAUAGUAUAUGUCCUUUUGAUCAGAACCAGGAAAGGGAAAUUGCUCCUUGUGCUAGUGUGGAUAAAAAGGACCAGUACCAUGUAUAUGAUUGGCCCAGGGAUAUAGAACAGGCAUGUAGAACAGUCGGUUUUUCUGAUGUUUUGUACUGUCAUUAAACUGUCAUUAAACAUUAAAUGUCUCUAAUUAAUUGAGUGAUCUCAGUAUAGCAGGAACAUGCAAUAGCUCUUCUGAAAGGGCAUUCUUUCUGUUAGAAAGCUUGUCUUUGUACUCCUUUGAGGGGGGUGGUGUUUCUGAGCUGGGUGUGAAAAGAUAAUCAAAUACAUAUCAACGUGUAAAAAACCCUAAGCUUUAUGCAACCCCUGCUACAUACUUUGUUAACCAUGUUGCCAAACCCUUUUAGCCAUGUAACAGAUGCCGCAGCCUUCAGUCUAAUAACUCAUGACUUACAGACUUUCACUAUCCAAAAUCUGAACCGCAAGCCUAAAAUCAUCCAUUGAUCUUAGUCCUUGCGUAGUCCUAAUUGCCUUCCUAUCAGUACUGGCUCUGAUAUGGUCCCUUCCCUCUCACAACAUUUUGUGUACUUACGCAGUUCUGGAAUUUCUCUACAUUAUUUAUUUAUUUUCUGUUUCUAAGUGUAUGAACUGCCAAGUCAUAGGAAAAAAAUCAUGUCAGUAUACAGUACAAUAAAACAACAUAAAAUACAGAUCAAAUUACCAACAAGGAAUCAAAUAAAUCGUUUAAAAAUGACUGGAGAAAGCAACUUUUAUCGGCGACAAAUUAUCAAAGUGGUAAGUCUUGAAACAAUGUUCCAGAGCACCUGUGCUGCUAUGCUAAAUGUUGGUUCCCGUAGAAACUUAAUCUAUGUCAGGAGGGUUUCAGAAGAGUGCUGUGAUCUGGCCAGUUUAUAAGGGAUAAAGUGGUCAUUUAGGUAACGUGGUAGAUGUUUAGAAGCAUUGGGGAUGUGAUGGUACCGUGAGAGACCCAAUAGUAAAAAUGCCAGCGGUUUAUAGUCCUCCAGAGUCAUUCUCAGAAAGGUCCUGCAGAAAGGUACAGAACCAGUGAAGUAAAGUGCCACAAAUCCCCACCCAGCACUGCUGGUCCAAGUGGGUACAAUGAUUGUUGUCAAAAAAGAGUGAGCUGCAGGGUCACACACUCCUGUGAUCAAGGUCAUCCAUCAGGACCACUAAUGCGGACUAGGUCCCAAAACAACUUGAAGCCAGACUGAGGUAGCUCAGGAGUACAUGUUUCACACCUGCACUCAGUAAAUUAGAGGAUCAACAUGCUUCCCAGAAAUAUGAAAGGAGUAAUAUAUGAUAUAUAAAUUGAUAAAAGAGCAUCUUAAAAGCAAACUUCCUGUAGUUGUCCAAGCAUUAGAAUACAAAACAGCUGCUAAAAGUGCUUGAUCUUGAGAACCCAUUCAGGUUGAACAUCCUGCAAUUUAGGGGAUAUCCUGAGGAAGCGGGAAACAGUACUUGCUGCACUAACUGAUAGAACCCACAAUGUGGCACUGCCACCUAACAUUAGGAAAUACCCCCACAAGGCACUAUAUUAAAAGGACUUGAUUUCCUAAGAUUGCAGAGCAUCAAUUGAGAUGGUGAUAUUCAAAUACCUCCUAUAGCUGGGGUCCUCUCUUAAAUUGAUAGCGUCAAGUGGAUUAAUGCAGUAAGGAUUACCAGCAGACUUCUGGUUAAUUCAAAGUACAUUCUUCUGAGGCAGUCCCUUCACUUUAUCCCCCUUGCCCUGCUUCCAUGGGUGGCUCUAACAGGACUGGCUGAAAUGUGCUGGCACACACCCAAGGCUUCUGUAGCUGUUUUAUAUUUUCUGUGAGCUUUGUACCCAGGGCUGAGUGUUCUUUGGCUCUCCUUUCCUUCUGAUUCUCCAUGUUUGGUAUCCUCACUUGCCAUCAUACUAGUCUUUGCUGUGUUACACACCUGUGAAGGUAAUAAUAGGCAUCUGGUGUAUGACACAGACAAACAGAAUUAACUGCUAGAAAAAUUAGAGGGGAGCUAACAAAGGCAGUUGCUAUUGCUUGUUGUGUACAAGGAGUAAGAUUAAUGAGGAUUAGGAAUCAGAAGAGCUUCAUACUUCCGUACCAAGAACAAUUGCCACAUUGAUCCUUGCAUGCGGAGCGCACAACUUUUCAACACCAUUAUGAUAUUGGCAGACAACACUGUAGAUUAUGGAUGUAGAAAUCUAGUUUACCACACCUCCAAAGCACGUGAAGAUAAGCAGGAUAAGAACUGGUGCCACAAAACCUGGAGAUUAAUCAUUAUGCUUUUUAAAAUUAUAUGUUGUAAGCUGUUCUUAAAACUUUUUUGGUAGGUGUGGGAUUUAAAAUUGCAGAAAGUUGCCAUUAAAGUUGCAGCAACCCAUACCU